CCCAGCUGCCACGGCGCGCUCCCCUUGCGCCCCCAUUCUGCGCGCCUCCGCACACCCUGCUCCAGUCUUUCCAGCCCUUUGCCGUGGGGCACUGCAGGAACUCAGCCCGAGCUGCCGUCUUCCCUUCCGGGGAAAGCUGUGACCCCCCCCGCAGGAGUGGCGGGGCGGGGUGGGGGGACCCGGAGAAGAUGGCGACGCCGGGAAGCGAACCCCAACCUUUCGUCCCUGCCCUCUCGGUGGCUACCCUGCACCCACAUCAUCAUCCCCACCACCAUCACCACCAUCACUCGCACCACGGAGGAACCGGAGCCGGCAGUGGAGCCGGCGGUGGCAGCGGUGGCUUCAACCUGCCCUUGAACCGGGGUCUGGAGCGCGCGCUGGAGGAGGCGGCCAACUCCGGGGGGUUGAACCUCAGCGCCAGGAAAUUGAAGGAAUUUCCCAGGACCGCGGCCCCCGGGCACGACCUCUCAGACACAGUGCAGGCAGAUUUAUCUAAAAACAGACUGGUUGAAGUUCCAAUGGAAUUGUGCCAUUUUGUAUCACUGGAAAUUCUUAAUCUGUAUCACAAUUGUAUCAGAGUCAUUCCUGAGGCCAUCGUUAAUCUGCAGAUGCUGACUUACUUAAACUUGAGUCGAAAUCAGCUGUCCUCCCUGCCCGCCUGCCUGUGUGGUCUGCCUCUCAAAGUCUUAAUCGCAAGUAACAACAAACUUGGAUCACUGCCGGAAGAGAUGGGUCAGCUCAAACAGUUAAUGGAGUUGGAUGUGAGCUGCAACGAGAUCACAGCGUUGCCUCAGCAAAUAGGUCAAUUGAAAUCUCUACGAGAACUGAAUGUCAGAAGAAAUUACCUUAAAGUUUUACCACAAGAACUAGUAGACCUUCCCUUGGUAAAGUUUGACUUUUCCUGCAACAAAGUGCUCGUGAUCCCGAUUUGUUUUAGAGAGAUGAAGCAGCUGCAAGUGUUACUGCUUGAGAAUAACCCUCUGCAGUCGCCUCCAGCACAGAUUUGCACAAAGGGAAAAGUGCACAUAUUUAAGUAUUUGAGCAUACAAGCAUGCCAGAUUAAGACAACUGACUCUCUUUACCUCCACACCAUGGAGAGGCCACAUUUACACCAGCACGUGGAAGACAGCAAGAAGGAUUCUGAUUCAGGAGUUGGAAGUGAUAAUGGAGAUAAGCGAUUGUCUGCCACCGAGCCUUCUGAUGAAGACACUGUUAGCCUCAAUGUACCAAUGUCAAAUAUCAUGGAAGAGGAACAGAUCAUCAAGGAGGACUCGUGCCAUCGCCUUAGCCCAGUUAAAGGGGAAUUUCAUCAGGAAUUUCAACCAGAGCCGUCCCUUUUGGGUGUCAACGACAACUCAGGAGAAGAAAGAAACCAGUUUACUGAUGGAGCAGAUGUUCUCCAUUCGGAAUUUAUGAAAUAUAAGGGCAGGGCCGAACACUGUGAAGAGCUGUUACGGAUAGAAGAGGACACGCACUGGCAGGCUGAGGGAGUAAUAAGUUCAUCCAAAGAUCAGGACGUGGAUAUAGCGAUGAUUGAGCAGCUCAGAGAAGCCGUAGAUUUGCUCCAAGAUCCCAAUGGAUUAAACACAGAUAUUACAGAAAGAAGUGUUUUAAACUUAUAUCCUAUGGGAUCAGCAGACGCUUUAGAAUUGCAAGACGCUGCACUAAAUGGUCAAGUACAGCUGGAAACAUCUCCAGUGAAUGAGGUGCAAAAUGAUCUAACAUUACAGAGUAAUGGGAGCCAGUAUUCUCCAAAUGAGAUCUCCCCUGCAGACUCUCCUACCACAAACAGCACAGCUCCAUUUGGCUUGAAGCCUCGAUCGGACCCAGCCCUCAUUCUUCCUCCUAUCUCCUUCAACAAACUUACACAGGCACAAACAUGGGACAGCUCUAGCUACAGUGUUCCAUCUGAAGGAGACAGUGACAAUGUGUUUCUAAGACCUCAGAGAAAUUUGGAAUCUAUAGACCCACAGUUUACAAUUCGGAGGAAAAUGGAGCAGAUGAGAGAAGAAAAAGAGCUGGUGGAACAACUCCGUGAGAGCAUCGAGAUGAGACUGAAGGUCAGUCUCCACGAAGACCUGGGGGCGGCGCUCAUGGACGGCGUCGUCCUCUGCCAUCUGGUCAACCACAUCCGCCCACGGUCUGUCGCAAGCAUCCAUGUCCCCUCACCAGCCGUUCCCAAACUUAGCAUGGCCAAGUGCAGAAGAAAUGUGGAAAACUUUUUGGAAGCCUGCCGAAAAUUAGGAGUACCAGAGGAAAAACUAUGUCUACCCCAUCACAUCCUUGAAGAGAAAGGCCUGGUCAAAGUGGGCAUUACCGUUCAAGCAUUACUAGACGUCACCAUCACGAAGGCUCUAUUCACAUGAAAGCAACCCCAUUCCUUUGGGUCCACGCAGACUCUUCCCCCAUCAGGGAUCCUGGACUUUGCUCCCAGCACCUAUUCCACCCUCUCUCCCACUCACUGCCUGUCACUUCCCCGACUCUAGUUGCAUUGAGGAGGUUUUCCAGUCUAAGGGAGGAUUUUCUACCUUGCAGAGCUGACCUCCGACGUGAAGACCGGACAGGUAUUUAUCCUGAGACCACUGAGGGAGCUGGUGAAGAACUGAGCAGCACGUCCACGCCUGUGCCACCCUCCUCCCUUCCACACUCACCGACUGCCAUUACCAGAACGCCAAGCACAAGACGCAUUUGUUCUAUGAAAGCCAAACUCAUUAGAUAUUUAGUGGGGGGAGGGGGGCACAAUCAGGUUUUUCACCACCAAAUUUUUCAGGAAGUUUCUUGAGACCAUUGCCUUUUAAAAAAGUAUUUUCGACAUACAAAAUAUUUAUAUAAAUAUUAUUUAUUAGUGAGUUGUUAUUCAUCCUUUGGAUGCAAAUUGUAAAUUAGGAAACUAUUUUAUUACUGCUUUUUUGUGGUUAAACACUUUAUUUUAAUAUUAUAAAUAUUGAGUUAUUUUCUAUCCUCUUUGGUGUGCAGUAGUUCUGGGUCUCAGUAAUCAUGUUUUCUGAUGUACAGUCUAUGAUUCAGAAAAAAAAAAUUAAGCAAAAAACAGGUGCUUCUGUGACAAAGAACUGUUUCCUGGGGAGGCGUUUUUUUACACUUUGGUUUGUGGAACAUUGGUCUUAUUUAUAUUUCUGCAUUCCAUGCAGUUUCCUACAUUCCAGCAGCCCUAUUGUCCCCCAAUAUAAUGAACUGACUGAAAUCAAGAGAGCACCCCAAAGUUAUUUGUAAAUAGCUGUGAUGGAAAAAAAAAAGACAUAUUAAACUUGAAGAUAAAAUGUGAACAAUUAUUUUUUUGGACUCAUACUUCUUUUGCUAUGCACAAAACAUUCACAUUUUAACACAGAGAAGUAAUGAGUAUUAGCAUCAUGUGUGUCUUGAAGUAUGAUUUUGCACUGUAACUUGGGUUACAUUGAAGAGAGUCUGGCACCAAAGGUAGACAGAGAGGAAAUGGCAUAGGUAAGUGGAGAUGAUAAAAAGUUUAUUGUUUAACCAAAAAGUUUUUUAAGGGAAGCUUCAACUGAGUGAUCAAAGAUUACUCCAGGCACGUAGGACCUGGAUCAGGAAACCAAUAUUUCUCACAACUGCCAGUUUUAAAAGAGGAAAUGAUUCUGAGAUGUAGACGUGCUCAUUUUAUUGUGGUUUAGUGGGUGGUUUUCAAAGUCGUCCGUAAAAUACUGCAAGAUUCACGGUCUCUGGUGUGAAACCUCAGAAGUGAGGUAUGAAGCUACCUGCAGCCCCCAGGCGGGCUGAGGAGGGGGUUUAGUAAGUGGAGUUUGUGAGGCUGAGUGGCCCAGGGGCGGGCAAGCGCAAACAGAACAGGAUAGAGAAGAACCAGCAAAGGAAAGCAACCGGCUUGGUAUGAGAGAUGCACAGAAAGCUUCACCAGGCACAACAAGCUAGUUUAGACCGUUCCAUGCAUCUACACUCACGCUGCAGUUACAGAUAUCCCAGCCAUUAAUCUUCUAAGUCUUGUGCCUGCUGUCUGCACUCACACCUCUGUGAAAAGCCAUUAGAAGUUUUUAGAGUAGCAGCAGCCACAAUUCGUAAGACACUGUAAAGGUCAAUACAAAAGAAAAGACACCAGGAGAAGGACAGCGUACAUUCAACACUGACUAACACCAACCUACGCACAGGCUGCCCUCCCUCUAGGGAGGAUGGAGGGGUUUCUGAAAAUGGAAAUUCGGAUUGGCAGCUAGCAAUUAUUUCCUAUCAAAUGUACUGUGCACUUUAUCCUAACUUAAAAUAUAUCUUAAUAUUUUCCUAUACUGCACAAAUAUCUGUUUUGUCAAAUAGCAGAAUGAUGUAAAGAAGAAAGACAUUUUGGACAAAGAGUGUAUUCAAUUUAAGUAACAUUCAAAGGUUGAAUAUAUACAUAGGAAUUUAGACUGCUGCACCUUCGUGGGCAUUCAGAAUGCAGGGUCCUGAAAUAUUUUUUUUACAUGUAUAUAUGGAAACAUGAAGCUCUGUAAUCAUUGUUUUGAGAGAUUUUUUUUCAAAAUUAAAAUAUUUCUUUUGAUAUUAAUUUUUAGUAUUUUCUUGAAGUUGGCUGUAUAAUAUAAAUGGCUUCAGUAUUUUGUAAAUGGCUUUCUUUUCUUUACAUGCAGUCUUUGUAUGGCUAAGAUGUCUUCGAGAUCCUUGUACACUGUUUAUAAGUGCAAUAAAAUGUGCAUGGCCAGCCGACAUUACCAUAGUGGGCAGAAUGUGUAUAGUGCAAAUAUCCUUCCUUUCAUUAUUUAACAGCCAUUAAAACUUUGAAUUUGUACAAA